CUAGAAGAACCUCCAUUUUGUGAGAGCUGUCGGAGCAGAGCGUAGCACCGUCUCCCCGAAAAGGCGAAACCUAGAAACGACAAAAAGUCAAAGUUAGCCGACGAACCGCUCGCUAACCAAGGUAUUAUCCGAAAGGAAAGCAAAUCUUAUCGUAUGUCCGAAAUCCAGAACCUCACAACCUAUGACCCCUUUGCUGAUGCAAAUCCGGGCCAUGACUGCCUACCAGCCGGGACUGACGAAUAUAUCCACAUAAGAAUCCAACAGCGGAACGGCAGGAAGACCCUCACCACUGUCCAGGGCAUUGCCAAUGACUAUGACAAAAAGAAGCUAGUCAAGGCCUUCAAGAAGAAGUUUGCGUGCAAUGGUACAGUGAUUGAGCAUCCAGAGUAUGGUGAAGUGAUCCAGCUUCAGGGAGACCAGCGCAGGAAUAUCUGCCAGUUCCUCAUUGAGAUAAGCCUGGCCAAGGAGGAGCAGCUCAAAGUCCACGGCUUCUAGAAGCCCUCCCCUUCUCUCCAAGAAGGUGUUAAAACCCUCCCCAACCCGCCUCCUAUGUGCUGCUGUUGCUCUUUUUCCCCCCUCUCUCCCCUUUGCAACCCCACCAGCUCCUAUUAGUUAACACGUGAAUUACCUCAGACAAACAUGGGAUUCUGUAACACCCCCGCCCCCAUACAAUACCAGGGGGCAGGCUCGCUCUCACAAAGACACACCACUGCAGCUCCGCACAACAUCAGGGAUGAGUGGUGAUGAACCUCCCACAGUCACUUCCUCCUUCCUCCCCCCCCCCCCAUUUUGUUGAUUUCCUUUAUUUUUUUUUUCUCUUUAGGUCUUGUGCCGCAGAAAGAAGGCACUAUUUCAUGUAACUUUUUUGUUUUGUACUUCAAGGUGUUUCAAUAAAACGUUCAGUCUCCAUAUGUUGGAGUGGUGUCAUGGGGAUUGGGGGCUGGGUUUGUUCAGGAAGGUCAUAGACUCUAUAACUGUUUUCUGCUGAAGUGGGAACAUUAAGAAGAGCAAAUGCUGCAGGUUGGGGAGGCGCAGAGAAGUUUUUGUUAUGGUAUUUGCUGAACAAGUCAUUUUCUGUAGUUUGCAAACAGUACACUUCCCUAUUUUCAGUUUAAGUGUCCCACUGGCAUCAUUUACAUGCCCAGCUACCUGCUUUUAGGUUACAGAGAAGAAAUUGUGUAAAGUACAAUUUUCACCACCCCAUCCAGCAAAUUUCUGUUUCCUCUAACCAUCCAAUGGCACAUUUUUCUAACUUCUUUCCCUUUUGCUGCCAAUCCAAGUAUUACAACUAAACGGAUGUUCAGUGGUGGUCUUACUUUGGUCAAAGCGAGGCCUGUAAUGUGGGAGGCUGAGUCAGUUUACUAUGUGAUCAGAUGAACCCUCCAGAGUGGGAAGUGAAGUCAAAUACUGGUAAUCUUUGGCUCUAGCCAAAUUCAGUGAAAGGAUGUUUUUUAGGGUGUAACAUUGAGAAUACAUUUGACCUUACUGGUAAAUGAAGUGACUUCCUCACUCUGGCACUUGUCCGGCUUUGUGGCGUGGUCCAAAAACAAAUCUGGUAUCAUGCCUAUGAUAAUGGACACUUGAAACUUUAAUUUCCUAUAAUGCAAUAAUUUAUAUAAGCAUGAGUUAAGAUGUAGUAAUGCUGAAGUAAUACAGUAAAAAAAAAUCAAAGCCAUGGCCAGGUCACACUGUGCUCCUGUUGACUUAGGGUGAUGGAGAGCAAGUCUGUUUUGCAAAAUCCACAUUUGGUUCAAUAAAAUGUCUGCAGUUGA